AGGACGCGUUGCGCGGCCCGGGCCGGAAGUCGGCGAGUUCCCGGGUGUGCGCGUCUCUGUCUGUCUGUCUCGCGGCGCCGCGCGGCUGCGGCCAAGCUCCGGGGGUUCCCGUCUGAGGCGUCACCGCUGUCACUGCCGCCACCCCACCGAGCUAGUGCUAGAGGGGACUAGGCCCGGCCCUCCGCCGGGCGGAGAAGAUGUUGCCCCUGUCCAUCAAGGAUGACGAAUACAAACCCCCCAAGUUCAAUCUGUUCGGCAAGAUCUCGGGCUGGUUUAGGUCCAUCCUGUCCGACAAGACGUCCCGGAACCUGUUUUUCUUCCUGUGCCUGAACCUCUCUUUCGCUUUUGUGGAACUCCUCUACGGCAUCUGGAGCAACUGCUUAGGCUUGAUCUCCGACUCUUUUCACAUGUUCUUCGAUAGCACUGCCAUUUUGGCUGGAUUGGCAGCUUCUGUUAUUUCAAAAUGGAGAGAUAACGACGCUUUCUCCUAUGGGUAUGUUAGAGCAGAAGUUCUGGCUGGCUUUGUCAAUGGCCUGUUUUUGAUCUUCACUGCUUUUUUUAUUUUCUCAGAAGGAGUUGAGAGAGCACUGGCCCCUCCCGAUGUCCAUCAUGAGAGACUGCUGCUUGUGUCAGUUCUUGGGUUUGUGGUAAACCUGAUAGGAAUCUUUGUUUUCAAGCACGGAGGUGACGGACAUUGUCAUGGCUCUGGCCACGGACACAGUCAUUCCCUCUUCAAUGGUGCUCUCGAUCCAGUGCACGGGCCUGGAGACCAUUGCCACCAUCAGGAAGAGAAGCACGGCACUGCCCAUAGCCAUGACCACGCUCACGGACACGGACACUUCCAUUCUCACGAUGGAUCCUCCUUAAAAGAAACAACAGGACCCAGCAGACAGAUUUUACAAGGUGUAUUUUUGCACAUAUUGGCAGAUACACUGGGGAGUAUUGGUGUGAUCGUCUCUGCCAUCAUGAUGCAGAGCUUUGGUUUGAUGAUCGCAGACCCUAUCUGCUCCAUCCUCAUAGCCAUGCUCAUAGUUGUGAGUGUUAUUCCUCUUUUAAGAGAGUCUGUUGGAAUACUAAUGCAGAGGACGCCUCCUGUGUUGGAAAACACUCUGCCUCAGUGCUAUCAGAGGGUGCAGCAGUUACAAGGAGUCUACAGUUUGCAGGAGCAGCACUUCUGGACCUUAUGCUCUGACGUUUAUGUUGGGACCUUGAAAGUACUAGUAGCACCUGAUGCCGAUGCCCGGUGGAUUUUAAGCCAGACACACAACAUUUUUACUCAGGCUGGAGUGAGACAGCUGUAUGUACAGAUCGACUUUGCGGCCAUGUAGUGAAUACAAAGAAGUCAUUACUUUUUGGACCAAAUUUUUCUGGUACUGUACAAUCUGAAACAUUGUACUCAGCUCUUUGAAACAGAGAACUCACUGCUACAACUCCCCAGCACCAAGUACACAGGUAGAGCCAGCCGUGUGCUCUGCCAAGAGCUCCUGGCUGAGGGAGGGUCACGGCUAAGCCAUCUCCUGCACCCUCAGUCUUGCUUUUUUCCCCUCUGAGCCAUUCUGAUUUCUGAGGUCUCUGGUUUUGUUCUAGGGUGUUGGUUUGUCCUUUCUUUUUUUUUGGUGGAGGAGGAGGUUCAUGUGGAAUGCCUCACCGUCUCCCCUCAUCCCACCCAGCCAGUGAGAUUGAGACUGUGGGCCUCCAGCCAUCUGGAAUGUCUUCAGUGAAGCUGCUGGAAACUCCUGCUUUAGUCCCACAAAACCAGUGUUAAAAAAAAAAGGAAAUCUGUUUUAUACGUAAUGUCACAGUUGUUGGCAUUCCUCAGUAUAAUCGUAUGUUUGUAAAGUUGUUUGUACCUUGCAAACUUAUGAACCAAACCAUAUUGGGUUUUCAAAGUGCCUUUGUAUCAGAACAUGUACCUGCCAGCAUAGAAAUGUACCAUCCAAGGUCAUGGAUGUUUUUCAGUGGACAUUCUGUAAUCUGUGCAAACUAAGACUCAUGCUGCACGUGCACAGAUCAUCGUCCUGUGUGCUUCCAGCAUAGGCUUCCAUAUGUGAAGUUUCUUUUUAUUGUUUUAGCUCAUCAAAAAAGGGGUUAUUUUGAUUUUUAAGAAAAUAAUACAGUAAUCACAUUAAAUUACUGUGUGGACUGUGUUUUCAAAACUUUGCAAGUCCCAUGCAUUACAGAGAAAGUGGUUUUGACCUGGAACAUCUUCUAAAUCCUAACUUUCCAUAGAAGCUCUGUGGUAGAAUUUCUUUCAGCUCUCUUGGCAUUUUUAUGGGUGUUAUUACUGACUGGAAAAGGCAAUGCAGACUGAAGGCAGAAAUGGCUGGGUCAGUGCUACUUUUACUCAUCCUUUCUUCAAAUGCAAGUGAUAGUUUUUCUCCUCUGUAACCUUUGCGUAAGUGCAGUUGCUUUCAUGAAUGCUACAGCAUUUGAGUGAGUCUGAACUACUGAAGGGAUGGCGCAAAUGGGUUAAUAUAGAGCUUUUUAUAACACAGGUAUCGUAGAAGUAAGUUGAUUUUCCAGGUUCUUGUGUAUUUGAAAAAUAAAAAUGCAAUUUGAGAUGACAAGUGCUCAAACACUCAAGUAUUCUGUGCUUUACGAAGAGCUGUUGGACAUUUUCCCGUUCUUUUUUUUUUUAAAUCACAACAUAUAUUCUUCCCUUUAACUGAAAAUAAAAAGGGGGGAGGGGGUGGAAUCCUUACCAGGUAAACAUGGUUGUUGGGAUUCUCAGGAGUAUGGCUCAGUAAUCAGCGCUUUUCAGUAAGGUGGUAGAAAUUAUAGACGCUGUGUGGGUUUUACAGUAUCUUCCCCCUACUUCUGACCUAGAGUUUGUGAACUUACUUCGUGUUUUCUAAACUGCCAUAGAGUGCCAUGAACUGUCUAUGGUCUCCUUUUUGCAAAAACAGUAUUUUGAAACAUGUCUGCUUAUUGCCAGGCAGUUCUAAAGCUAAGAAUUCCUGUAGUAAAUCGUGUUUAAUGGAAAUAAUUGAGUGUUUUAGGAGGGAAGUAUAAAAGGAAAUGUCCCAGUACUCACAUUUGUUUUCGUUACAGUUGUAGCCAGUCAUUUGGAAGUCUAACCAUUACCACGUCCAGUGGAACUCUGGGAUAUUCUGUGGGCUUGGCAUAUUACCGAAAAUGACAGGUCUGGAUGAAGGCAGAGAUUUUGGAUGUGUGCCUUUAUAAACUAAUUAUGUGUGACUACACUGAUGGUUCACAUAUGGAGAUAACUGCAUGGGUUUACAAAAUGUGCCAGUGUGUUUGAAGAUCUAAAUCUGCUUUUCACUGAGCCCUCCAUUCUGAGUGGGUUUUGUUAAAAUGUGUAUCAUUUUAUUCAACUGUACACUCAGUGCACAAAUCUAUGAAUGUUUUUCCCCAUGAUAAGGCAUAGAGUAUAUGAAGUGUUUGAAGAGAAACUACUUUUGCACUUUUUAAAAGAGAUCGCCAGCUCAUAACAUUUAGCAGGUUGGCAUUAUCAUUUAUGCUUUAAUGUCAUUGUAUCUGUGUGCACAGCAGGAAAAAACAGUGGUAAAGCCGCUGUGUCUUUGACACAGAGCUAUCACUAAAGUAGGUAAUUUCACUGAAAAAUGCUGCCUGGUUAUGGUUACAAAGGAAACUUAGAUGCCCUAACACUGAACUAACACAGAAACAGAACAAUCUGUAUAUGAGUAUAAUUUUGCCAGUAUUUUCAAAAACAAAGUUUUCUAUGGGAGAACAAAUUUGUAUCACUCGGGAAGUUUACCUUUCCAGGUUUUUAAAAUCUGUUGUAUUACUCAGUGAAAAGCUUACCACACGCACAACUUCCUGGAUUUGCUAACAGUUCCCCUGCACUGGUGAGGGGCGGUGCCUAGUUCAUGUCCAAGCUAGGGUGCCUCACGCUGUCAUCUGUACCCAUCUCCUGCAGUGGAGGAGUAAAGUGGUAACGGGUGUCACUGGCAUUGUGACUUCCCUUGGAUCUGGACUGUUGCAGCAUUCUUCAAAGCCUAAACAUACACCCAUAACAAAAUACUGUGACUUUUGUGCACCUCGGUAAAGCAAAUCAUGAACUCAAAUUGGAGUUGAUCAGAAUCUUGUUUUUACCUGCUGUGGACUCAGCAGUGUUUAAAUGUUAAUCUGGUAACACCCUGGUGUGUGAUGAUGGGGUUUAUAAAUAACAGCAUUACACUAACAUAGAAUUUCACAUCUAGUGGAGACUGCAUUCUAGUUCUACCUCUCAUUUCAUAGAGGAGAAAACUGAAGCCCAGAAAAGCUGACAUUUCCUCAGUUACAGGGAUAAUCAGUGGCAAAGCUGAGACCAAAAUUCACAUCUUCUGACUCCAAGUCAAGAUUCUUUUUACUGUGUUGUGCUGCCCUCCAGUGUAAUAUUUGCCUUUCUAUAAAUGUGAUUAAAUAUUAUUUGUAAGUAAAGGUCACAUGACCUCCAUUUUGGUACAUUAAGGCACUUUAUAAAUGGAAU